AACGGCCAUUUUUCCGGAUAGUGGGCGGGGCGCAAACGAUCAUUCCGGAUUCAGAUGGGGCUCUCUGUGGGCGUGUGAAUGAGAAUGGAUUCUCAAUGGACAGAAGAACAAAGGUCCCUGGAUUCAUAGCCUCGGCCAUUAGUUGUCACCUCAACGACUUCUUGACUAAAAUGCUUCACGAUACGGGCACCGACACAAUCAAAGACUGGAACGCGGUGUUCUGGGUGAUGCAGGCAACAAGUAAGCCAGUGCUCGACAGAAUAGAAGCAGAAUUGCAGCUACAUAAGGACAAAUUAGAGGUUUCAAGGAAGGUGUGGAGAGAAUAUGGGUACAUGAUGAGCUCGAGUACCUUAUUCGUCCUCAAUGAAGUAAAGAAAAGGAUGGUUGAGCAGAGGAAUGAAGGUUCCGAUUAUGGAGUCAUGGUCGGGUUUGGAGCCGGUCUCACCCUUGACGCUGUUGUGCUACAGAUGGUGCCUUUGCCUCCUACGCUUGAAUUAGCUGUCUAACUUUCCAAUGGAGUUCAUUCUCACAUAAGAUUGGACCAGCAAAAUAAAGCAUAGAGAAUAAUACCUUUUGUGGUCAGCAAUGGCAGAUCAAGGAAUGUCUGUGAUCUGCUCUGAACUGGUAAUGAAUAAAGCAACGGUACUUCAAUAUGUCAAUAACAAUAAAUGCCCGACAAUUUUUAUAUGCAAUCAAAAGAGUGUUUCACUGUUUA